CCCCAGAAUGUAAGAGCAACAUCUUUUCAAAGUUCAGUACCUUAUCCUAUUCCCGCACACUCUCCGAGUAUGCACCAGUUGGACUACACAAUUACUAAACCAGGCAUAUCCUCGUUUCUUACAAAUUCUUCAUCAAACCUUCAAGAUGUAGAUGCCCCAUUUCCACCCUCCCAACUUCCUUUUCAUCCUGAUGCCACCCAGCAUACUUCACCCUUACAGAAGCCACCCAUAACCCAGACACAGCAAGAAUUCCACCCUCAAAAUCCUCCUGUUGUUAAAAAUAUAAAGAAAAGUCCACCCCCCAUAUCUCAUGGGGAGAUAGUGGGUGUUGUCCAGGACAGCGAGCAAGUUAGUCAGAAUACCCUUCUGGGUCAAUCGACGCAGGACAUGCACAGUGCUUCCUACUCGUCUCCCCUCCAGUCCAAUGCCAACCUAAAUACAUCCUUCUUGUCACAUCCUCAUCCAGCAGCACCUCAUGCCCCAUCCAUCACUUACCCAUCACAUAUAUCCUCUGCUAUGCAUAAUCCCCAACUACGCAACACAUCUUUUACCUUACCCCUUCAGCGACAUCUCUCUCCCAUUGCUCAUGCAUCUCCACCUCAUCAGACUGUCGGGGUUAACUCCCCACUUCUCUCAGGACUUCAGACGUCACAAAUGCAAGGAUCUAUGCUUAAACUCCGAGGUGAUUCUUUGACAAUGACCCAAAACCUUGUUGAGGCCCAGUUUACCACUGUUGACGGAGAUGAUGGUGUUGGAGGCGUAAAGCAGUCACCCCCUCUGAUGUCCAAUGCACUGCAGAACCCGAGCUUACACCAAUCCUCCUUCCAACUACCUGACGGCACUAUUGUGAACAGAAGCGAACCUGCCGAAUCUUCUUCUGGACCAUCCCUUUCCUCUCCGAUGUUGUCCUCUGCCUUACUUAAUCCCCGUUUGCAGCAAGGCACAUAUCAGUUACCUAACAACACUCUACUCAGCAGUUCAGAGGCCACAUCUGCAACCAGCGCUGCAUCACCUGUGCUUUCUUCUGCACUAUUGAAUCCUAAAAUUAGCAAAGCUACAUACAAACUGCCCAAUGGCACCUCAAUUACAAGAAAUCAACCACCAUCAGAGGCGGUCACAUCAUCCUCUCCCACUCCCAAACCCAUCCCUAUUGAGGCAAACUGGUGCCACAGUGGCUCCAUCUGUUGA